AUUAAAUGCGUUAUCAAAUGAUGACAGUAAAAUAUAUUAUCUUGCAUUAGGUGAUUCGUUUCCAUCAGGUGUUUCUAUUUCUGGAACUCCCCCUGGAAAUAAAACAUUUCCGGCUUAUUCUUACGUGGAUGCUUUAUAUGAUUUGUUAAAGAAGAAUAAUGCAAAUCUUGAAUUUAAAAAAUUUGCGCGAGGUGGUGAACCCAGUGACGGUCUUAUUGCUAAUCAAUUAGAUAAUGUUACAAACUUUAUGAAAUCUAAUAGUGGAUUAACAAAAUUUGUUACAAUUACAACUGGAAUAAAUGAUUUUCGCAACUGUAAUUCUAUCGCGACCAAUUUUUCUGAAUGUUUUAAAAGUGGGCUUAACAAUCUCAUGAAUAAUUUAAAUAAUACGAUAAUUCCAAGGUUGAAGGAAGCAGGAGUAGUAGAUCUCAGACAUAUUAUUACAAACGAUACGAAAUGCAAUUACACUUACCAGUGCGAAUAUGGAGAUAUUCAUCCAACUCCAGAUGGUAGUCGUGCAAUUGCAA